AUGAGCAAAAAACAGAACAUAGUUAAGAAGAUUAAGUCGUUAUGUUAUUUAACAUUGGGAGGUUCACUUUCUUACCAGUUUAUUUAUUUCAAAAAGGAUUUUAGUGGCUAUUAUGAUAACGUACUACAACCAUUAAGUCAACGACUAAGUCCAGAAUUUGCUCACAAAAUUGGCGUUUCUGCAAUAAAAUACGGUUUAUUCCCACGUGAAUCCAUUGAUGAUCCAAACGUUUUGAAAACAAAGUUUUUAACUUAUGAGCUUAGUAAUCCAAUUGGAAUAGCUGCAGGAUUUGACAAACAUGGGGAUGCUGUUUUAGGACUAAGAAAUUUAGGUUUUUCUGUAAUUGAAAUUGGCUCCAUAACUCCUGAACCGCAACCAGGGAACCCUAAACCAAGAGUUUUUCGAUUACCUGAAGACUAUGCAGUUAUCAAUAGAUAUGGUUUUAAUAGUGAAGGACAUAAUGCAGUUUAUGAAAAAAUUCAAAAUUUAGAUAAAACGCUUCUCAAAAAGGGUCUUUUAGGUAUAAAUCUAGGGAAAAAUAAAAUAUCCGAUGAUGCUGUCAAUGAUUACAUAUUAGGAAUUAAGAAAUUUAGUGAAGUUGCCGAUUAUUUUGUAAUUAAUGUGAGCAGCCCUAAUACUCCAGGACUUAGGUCACUGCAAAGUAAAGAAGAGUUAAAGAAUCUUCUAAUUGCAAUUAAUAAAAUGAGAAAAUCUUUACAGACAAAAAAGAAUCCUCCUUUGCUUCUUAAGCUUGCACCUGAUUUAAGUUUAGAAGAAAUGAAGGAUAUUGUAUCAGUUAUAACACAAAAUGAAUCUCAAGUUCAGGGGUUGAUUAUUUCCAAUACAACUAUUGAUAGAUCAUCACUUACUAACCAAGAGUUUUCAAAUGAAACUGGUGGUCUUAGUGGCAAGCCUCUCAACAGUAAAUCAACAGAAAUGAUUAAGACUAUGUAUAACUUAACUAAAGGUAAAGUACCCAUAAUAGGAGUUGGUGGUGUAUUCAGUGGGAAAGAUGCUUAUGAUAAAAUAUUGGCUGGUGCUAGUAUAGUACAAAUAUAUACUGCUUUAAUUUACCAUGGCCCUCCUGUUGUUUCUAAAAUUAAGUCAGAAUUAGCCGAUUUAUUAAUAAAAGAUGGUUAUUCUAGUGUUAAUGAUGCUAUCGGUAAAGGUGUAAAA